AUGGGUUUCAUAUCUCUCGAAGAUGCGCACAUCAGUAAUGCGCCAUCGAAUGGAAUCGAAAAGGCACCACAGAUGAAUGGCAACGCUUUUAGUUCAUUCGAUAUGAUGGGCCUCGUUUCAGAUCAAAAGGCGACACCGACCGGUAUGCAGGAAGACAUCGUGCUCCUGUCAUGGCUUAUGGUUCUGUUGCGAAGCCGUGAAGACAGUCAAAUUUCUUACGACUGGUCUUACGCAAAUGACGAAAAUGACACUACCCAACAAACUAUAAACAAAUUAUCAAUGAAUGAAGUCAUGAACGGCCUGGGAAGUAACGUGGGAGACGUUACAACUGCAAUCCUCAAAUCUAUCCCAUCAGGACCAUCAAACGCGAAGUCCAUGAUCUUGAGCACCAGUACAUUGUCGCAGACCUCUGAAACUGUUAAAGAUGAGGGUGCAAUUCACCUCGAAGUCCGUCUGAACAAUGGACAACUCGAAAUUCGCCCAGUGUGGCACACAGAAAAUAUGCUGCCAUAUACAGUGAAUCACCACGUGGAGGCGUUAGCAGACACCAUCAGAAUUUGCCUGGUGAACUCCGAUGCAACCAUCGAACAAUGCCUCAAGCCGACUGCCAGUGACUUGAGCGAUAUAUGGAGCUGGAACCAUGAAUUACCGCCUACAUAUAACUUCUGCAUGCAAGACAUGGUUGCCGACCGAGCUCGCGAAUUUCCCGAUAAGAUCGCAAUUGAUUCCUGGGAUGGCAAUUUGACCUACAGCCAGAUCGACCAGUGGUCCACUUCUGUCGCGGUUUCCCUUCGAGAAAUGGGUAUCGAACUGCACGACGUGCUUCCCGUUUGCUUUGAAAAGUCCCGAUGGACUAUCGUCGCCGUACUCGGAGUUAUGAAGGCAGGUGCUACACUUGCACUGAUGGAUCCAACAUUGCCGCUUGCCCGUCUCCAAAACAUGGCAGUCCAGGUCGGCGCGAAAGCAAUGGUCGCAUCACGCAAACAAUAUGAGCUCUCUUUGACCAUUAUGCCAGAAGGCAAGCACUUGGUUGUUGAAGAAGAGACUUUUGCCAACUUGGCAGCAUCACCAUCUAUCUCCACCCUCCCGGCCGUGCCCUCAUCCGCUCUUAUGUAUAUCAUCUUCACCUCGGGCAGCACGGGUACUCCAAAAGGAGUCAAGAUCUCCCACGAAACAUACACCAGCAGUGCUAUCCCUCGAGCAAAGGCAGUUGGAUACACCCCCGAGUCUAGGGUGCUUGACUUUGCCUCCUAUGCCUUCGAUGUCAGCAUUGACAGCAUGCUGUUGACACUUGGAAACGGCGGAUGCCUCUGCAUCCCUUCCGAUGAGGAUCGACUCAACGAUAUCAACGAAGUCAUCCGAAAAAUGAGAAUCAACUACGCAGGCCUGACUCCAUCUGUUGGACGUAUUCUGGACAGUGACGUCAUCGCGUCACUCAGCGGCCUAGGUCUCGGAGGUGAGGCUGUCUCCGCAAGGGAUGCCAACUACUGGGGCAAAGACACAAGAAUCAUUAUCGGCUAUGGGCCUUGUGAAUGCACCAUCGGAUGUACUGUCAACAGCAGUGCCGCGACCGGCAGAGAUUAUCUCUCUAUCGGUCCUGGCAAUGGAGCUGCCAUCUGGAUUGCCAACCCUAAUGACCACAAUGAGCUGGUCCCAGUCGGCGGUGUUGGCGAGCUCCUUGUCGAAGGCCCAAUCGUCGGACAAGGCUAUUUGAACGAUUCUGAGAAGACUGCCGCCGCUUUCAUCAAUGAUCCUCCCUGGUUGGUCGCAGGCCACAAACAAUACGCUGGUCGUCGGGGCCGCUUGUACAAGACCGGAGAUCUUGGAAGAUACGACCCGGAUGGACUUGGAGGUAUUGUUUUCGUCGGUCGCAAGGAUACCCAAGUCAAGCUUCGUGGUCAGCGUGUUGAACUUGGUGAGAUCGAGAGCCAGCUGAAGGCCGCAUUGCCCGCGGAAGCCAACAUCAUUGCUGAGGUCAUCACGCCGAAAGACUAUGGUGGUCAGCCGAUGCUGGUAGCGUUUGUCGCCUUCCAGCCCAAGGGACACGGGCAGACCGAGUUGGCUCUGGAUGAGCUUUCCAGCGACUUGAGUACUGUCCUGUCAAAUGCCAACACGGAAGUGGCAAAGACUCUGCCGCGCUACAUGGUGCCAACCACAUAUAUUCCUGUCAACCUCAUUCCAGUGUUGAUUUCAGGCAAGACAGACCGCAAGCAGCUUAGAGCAUUUGGCGCGACAGUGGAUCUUCGCCAGCUGGACCAGGGUGCAGCCAGCACUGCCUCUCGGGAGCUCACUGAGAUCGAACAGCGUCUGAGGCAGAGCUGGGGUGAAGUUCUCAAGCUUGAUGUUGAUACUAUCCGCCCUGAUGAUAACUUCUUCGCAUUGGGUGGUGACUCUCUGGCAGCUAUGAGACUUGUUUCUGUUUGCAGGUCUCAAGAGCUCGAUCUUUCCGUCAUCAGUACUUUCGCAAAACCCACACUGUCUGCCAUGGCCAGUGUCGUUCAGCCUUGUACCUCUGAGGUUGAAGUUGAAAUCCCGGCCUUUUCUCUCAUCUCUCAAUCUGUUGACAGUGCCCGUGCGGAAGCCGCAGAGGCCUGUGGUGUCCCUUCGGAUGACGUGGAGGAUAUUUACCUCUGCACUCCCACCCAGGAAUCGCUCUUCACCUUCUCGCUCAAAUCGACCAAGGCAUACAUUGCCCAGAGAGUCGCAUGUAUCCCAUCACACAUUGAAACCGAUGCUUGGAAGAAGGCGUGGGAGACUGUCGUCGCGGCAAGCCCCAUUCUGCGUUCUCGUCUAGCUCCUCUUCAAGACCCUGGCCUCCAACAAAUCGUGCUCAAUGAAGGUAUCUCGUGGAGAUACUCGACAGACCUUGAACAAUAUCUCGAGAAUGACCGAAGUGAGAGAAUGAACCUUGGCCAGAGUCUAGCUCGCUACGGUAUCGUCACCAGCGCAACCGACGGCAAGCGGUACAUGAUCUGGACCGUCCACCACGUUCUUUAUGACGGAUGGUCGGAGCCCAUCGUCCUCAAGCAAGUGAGCGAUGCCUUGCAAAACCAAUCUCCCGAAAUCAAGACACAGAUGCGGAACUUCGUCAAGUACGUGCGUGACACAGAUGAGACCGCCAUGCAUGAAUUCUGGAGGCGAGAGUUGAAGGGCGCCGUUGGCCCCCAAUUCCCCCGUCUCCCAUCCCGAGACUUCAUGCCUACCCCCACGGGUCUGAUCGAGCAUCAAAUCGCUCUCGAAACCGGUGCCGGAUCACCUUUCACAAUGGCGACUUUGAUCCGCGGCGCCUGGGCUCUUGUCGCAUCGCAAUACACAGGCAGUGAUGACGUCGUGUUUGGUGAGACCCUCACUGGCCGUGACAUUCCUCUGCCUGGUGUCGAGAGCGUUGUUGGACCUCUGAUUGCAACAAUUCCCAUUCGCAUUCAUGUCCGCCGUUCCAGCUCUGUCCAAGAUUACCUGCAGACUGUUCAGCAGGCGAUUCUGGCUCGUACGUCCUACCAGCACAUGGGAAUGCAGAACAUUAGAAAGGUCAGCCAAGAUGCGCAGUAUGCAUGUGAGGCUGGUACUGGUCUGGUCAUUCAGCCUGAUCCCGAAUACGUGGGUAGCGAGCUUGGCUUCGAACUCGGAGAUGUCGUUCGCGAGGCCCUGCACUUUAACCCCUACCCCUUGAUGGUAGCGUUUGGAAUUCGCAAGGGGGGAUUGAGGGUCUGCGCAAGCUUCGACAGCACUCUUAUUGAAGGCUCGCAGAUGCAACGUAUUCUUGCCCAGCUGGAGACUGCCUGCUUGAAGCUAUCUCAAGGCUUUGACAAGAGAGUUGAUGAGAUUUCUUGCCUUCCCGAAGCUGAGAUCGAUCAGAUUUGGCAAUGGAACCAGGCUGCUCCCCUUUCUGUUGACGAGUCGUCGGGGAAUCUUCGGGCGGCGGUCAGCGUGAAGCAAGGAUCAGUUUAUCCUCGUGCUGUGGUCCCCUGGGUGUGUGAUGCACGGAACCCGGCACUUCUGGCCCCUAUCGGCGGUGCUGGAGAGCUGUGGCUGGAGGGCGCUUGCCUUUCUGGUGAAUCACUUGAAACUCCGGCCUGGCUCACAGCUGGUAGUUCUGGAUGUGUCGGUCGCAGUGGGAAGGUGCAGCCCACAGGUGACAUUGUUCAAUUACAAGACGAUGGUAGCCUCAUUUUCGUGGGUAGGAAGGAGAACGUUGUCCCGCUCCAAGGCCAUGCGGUGGACAUUGCGGAUCUCGAGAGCCACUUCACCAAGCAUCUCCCACCAACUACCCGUGCUGCAGCAUCUGUGUUCCAACCAGUGAGAGAGGGCACACAAAAGGUGACAGAGCAGGAACUCGUUGUCUUCGUUGAGAGUCCCGCGUCACAAGAGGAGACCAUCAGGGUCAUUCCUGAGCAGCAUGAAAUCAGCGGGGAGAACACCUUCAUCUGUGAUACGAUUCCCCUCACCCUCGCGGUGUCAUUGAAGAAGCUUGACAAAUAUAUUCGCGACUCUUUGCCAUCGUACAUGGCCCCCUCAGCAUAUGUCGUGGUCAGCACGCUUCCCACAGAGCUCGACCAGCUCGACCACACCUCGCUCAACCGAUUGGCGGCGAAGAUUCCUCAGAGCGUUCUUGAUCAGCUUCGCGAAGGGUUCAAGGAGGCAUGGACGAAGGGUCUGGCGCAGACGAAUCUGUCGCCCACAGAGAAGAUCCUUCAGGCGGCUUGGGCAAAGAUUCUCCGACUCAGUCCCGAACAGAUCGAUGUCGAUGACAACUUCUUCCGCCUGGGAGGUGACUCCGUGUUAGCGAUGAAGCUAGUCUCAAGCCUGAGAACAGAUGGACACAGCCUUUCAGUGGCCGACAUCUUCCAGCACAUGCGCCUGGGCGAUGCUGCCAAGGUGCUGAAAGUGGACCAGGCAAAGGAGAACGUGCAAACAUACAAGCCGUUCGGCACUCUCAGCAACUUGGACAUCAAGAUGUUCUUGGCUUCUACUGUUCGACCCAAGCUUGUGAACCCAGGCUGGUCUAUCCAAGAUGUCUCUUCCGUCACGGAUUCUCAGGCCAUGGAUAUUAGAGGAACUGUCAACGCCCCACGCACAUCUUACCAGUACACGAUGCUCUACUUCGAUCAGAGUAUCAACCAGGAACAGCUGUUGCGCGCUUGCGAUGACUUGGUGAAGACCCACGACAUUCUCCGCACCGUGUUCAUUGAACAUGAGUCAAACUUCCUUCAAGUUGUCUUGGAAAAGACACCCGCUCAUGUGUUUAUGCACAACACAGAUCAGGAUAUUGAGUCCUAUGUCACCUCCCUUUGCAAAUCCGACGUUGAAUCGAACUUCGAGCUUGGAUCGCCGUUCUUCAAAAUCUUCCAUGUCGCGGGCGACAAUGGUAAGCAGUGUCUUGUUCUGGGUCUUUCACAUGCUCAGUAUGACGGUGUGUCAUUGCCUCGACUGCUUCAAGACUUGGAGACAUUGUACACGGGCGGUAAGGUCGUUGACUUUGAGCCAUUCGCCUCAUACAUUGCCCGUGUAUCCGACGGACGCCUACAAACCCAAGCAGUCACAUACUGGACCAAAUUGCUCAAGGACUCAUCCUUGUCUGUUCUCGAUGGCCCCACGGUCCACCCCACCGACAAGGCGAUCUUCCACGAGAAGGCAGUUGACAACUUCCAACCCGUGCAAGAGAUCACCACUGCCAACGUCCUCACCGCAGCCUGGGCGCUUGUCCUGGCUCGUCGUCUGAGCAAGCCAGACGUCACAUUCGGUACAGUGACCUCUGGCCGAACCAUCGAUCUCGCCAACGUGGAGAACGUCGUUGGUCCUUGCUACCAACUGACCCCUGUCAGAGUGAUGUUCGAGGCCCAGUGGACCGCGAUGGACCUUUUGCGCUUUGUGCAGAAGCAGAGUGCUGAAUCUGCUGCGCACGACUUCCUUGGGUUCGACAAGAUCUCCAAGCAGUGCUCUCAAUGGUCAUCUGAGAUGCGCUCCUUCGACUCUAUUGUGCACCAUCAAGAUUGGGAUGACUUCGAUGACAUGCCUUUCGCUGGCUCUUCUGCUAAGGUCGACAUCUCGAAUCCCCAUGGAGAUGCUGCUUAUCCCCUCAAGGCUGUCUCGUUUGUUAAGGGUGGAAAGAUGCAUGUCGGAUUUGUUGGAAGUGAAAGGGACGCGACAUUUGUGGACGCGACUCUUGAUGAGCUCGCUGCGGCGGUUCAAGAGCUGUCAGAGUGCCGGGGAGAGCCGUUGGUACUCAGCGCUUGA